AUGGUUGACUACAGAACUCCAUCACUUAUUACUGUACCAAUCGAGCUGAUUUAUUGUAUUAUGGACAAUCUCGACACUGAAGCCCUUUUCCGUUCUCUUCGUGAUGUUUCUACACGCACCAAUGCCAUCAUGGACACUUAUGAACGAUAUAAGACACUGACUACACUACAUACUCCAGCGAUCAAUAUCGGUGAUGAAGGAGCUAUGUAUUUGGCAGAAGCUUUAUCAUUUAAUGAGACACUGACAGAACUGAAACUUGGCUACAAUAAGAUCAGCAAUCAAGGAGCGCAAUAUUUUGCAAAUGCAUUAAAAGAAAAUACGACACUCAAAUUACUAGAGCUUUAUUCUAACAAUAUUGAUCAUGCAGGAGAGUUACAUUUUACAGAAGCAUUAGGGGUCAACAAUGUGGUCAAAAUUACAGGUCUUUCACAACAAUUCGAACGGCAACAUCCAGUUAGAAUAUGA